ACCCAUUUGAUCUCGAGGCGCAGGCCAAGAUCGAAGAAGACAUAAGGCAACAAAACAUUGAAGAAAACAUGACGAUAGCAAUGGAAGAGGCUCCCGAGAGUUUUGGGCAGGUGGUGAUGCUGUACAUUAACUGCAAAGUCAAUGGACACCCAGUGAAAGCCUUUGUUGACUCAGGUGCUCAGAUGACCAUCAUGAGCCAAGCUUGUGCUGAAAGGUGCAACAUCAUGAGGCUGGUGGAUCGGCGGUGGGCUGGCAUUGCUAAAGGUGUAGGGACGCAGAAAAUCAUUGGCAGAGUGCACUUAGCUCAGGUCCAAAUUGAAGGGGAUUUCCUGGCGUGCUCUUUCUCAAUCCUUGAGGAGCAGCCCAUGGACAUGCUUCUAGGACUGGACAUGCUGAAGAGGCAUCAGUGUUCCAUUGAUCUCAAGAAGAAUGUACUAGUGAUCGGCACGACUGGCUCACAGACCACUUUCCUCCCGGAGGAACGUCAGAAGCCUUGAUGCAUGUAGUGUGUGUUUACUGCAGCUGGAGUGGGCCACAGACCAGAGAAUAGUGACAAAGAAACUACCUCACUGGAAAUGCCCUCAUUACCAGCUUCUGAUGGGUUUCAAAAUCCAGUCCAGUCUUCAGGACUAAAUUCCAAGAUCUGUAAUCCCACAAAUCAAUUACUUGAUUGUUCUGUCUCUGCCCCUGCUUCAGUCUGCUCAUCUGAAUCUAGCCUCGCAGAGCCCGUUGGUCCUAGAGCCAUCAAGUCUUUUGAGUCUUCAACUGAAUGCGAGAUAACCCCAGAAAAAGAGCAUCCUCUCUUACUGCAGCACCUUUCCAGUAACGCUUCCUUGGCAAAUAACGACCCUUCUCCCCAGACAGGGGAGGUAACCUGUUGCAAUCCAGCUUGCCUUUCACAGAAGACACUCAAAGAAACAUUUACUGCUGACAGUCUAAAGGAAUGUAAUGCUAAAGAAGACAACUGUGGUCAGGAACGCCCUGUGGAAGUGACAAAAGAAAAUAGUUUGGCUGACACUGCUGACAAACAUGAGCAAAGUAAAGAUGUCUGUCUGUCUGCAGAAUGUGAGCUUCCCAUAGACCGUCAGAUGGGUCACGAACCAGAAAAGGAACAUCUGGAGAAGCAAACUGAGACAACUGAGCCAGAACCUCCUCGCCAUGUUGGUGGCAUUGAGAAACCUGUUGGGGAAGAAGCCAGCUGGCCAGAAAAUCCUCCUAUGGAAACGAGAGGGGAUGGACAGGAGAAAGCAGGUCUUGUCUGUGCAAAAGGGAGUCUCCAAAUGUCAGCCUCCUGUAGCUGUACACGUAAAGAAUGCUUCAUGGAAAUAGAUGUCGCUGAGCAGUGUGUAGCUGAAGCCCACGGCUCGGCAGGUGAGCAGGAGCAGCAGGCCGAGAGCAGGCGUGUAUCUCACCUGAACUUGGACACCUUCUCCAUGGAGGUGGAGUCGCUAAAGUCUGCGUCCUCCCCGAGCGAUCUGCUCUCCACUGGUGACGUCCUGCAGUGUAAAGGCACUAGUGAAAUUGCUGUGAAGUGUAAUGAGGUGUCUAAUUUGGCGGCUGAAGGCAGCUCUUCCCGCUCCAGCCUCCAUCAGCUGGACACGGAUCCAGGAAGAUCUUCAGAAGAGCCGUGUUUCUCUCUAGCAUCGGCCUUGAAAGAGCUUCACAAACUCUUGGUUAUCAGUCGGAAAGGAGAAUGGAAAAUUCUUGCCUCGGAAGAAGUCUCUCAGCUGGAAACAGUUCACAGAGAGCCAGUGGCACAGCAGAAGGGGCUUUCUGAAAAUGAGCAGAAAGGCUCAGAUCCAGCCAGGCAGGAGCAAAGUUGUUCGUUCUCCAAGGUGAGGUCUGAAGGUGCAAGGGUAGAGGGGAAACCGCUUGGUGAUCUUGGCACAGAACACGUCGGCACUGGCUCCGUCAGUGACGUGCAGUCAGCUCUUGGAGAAGGUGCUUUCUCGAUUCAGAAGCUUUCAGGUAAGAGCGAUUCGGUCGUGGUGAAUUCUGCAGCAACACCUGACCAGCAACACAGCUCUGAGCAGGUGGAGGUUCUGGCAGAAGGUAAUCGGUGUCCAACCAGUCCAGCUUCAGAGCAAAACACACCUGUUUCCUCUACAUCUGCUUUGGAUGAGGGUGCACCUCGGGAUCCGCAGAGCCUGGUGACAGGAGCACCCGGGAGAAGCAGCAGUCCUGCUCCUGAAGGUCCGUGGCCGUUGGGUGGGUGUGAGGAGCCCCAGCUGAGCCCGCCAGCUGGCUGUACCGGACUUAGGUCGGGCGCUUCUCCGCCACCCGCUUUCCCCGCGGCUGAUGUUGAUCGGAUCCUCGGCGCUGGUUUUACCACACAGGAAGCUCUUGAGGCUUUAGAACAAGCGGAUGGAAACGCAGAUCUUGCUCUUCUCAUUUUGCUAGCCAAGAGUAUCGUCGUUCCAACGUAA